UAUUUAUUUUGCGUCCUCGGGCUUGCCGUAGUGUUUACAUUAAAACGACACGCUGGCGAGCGAGCUAGACCGAUCCCUCGCUAAUUGAAAGUAUUUAAAACGACAUUUCAUCGGUCUGCGCGUGCCUAUUCAACAUUUACGACUUGAAACUUCCUCUAAAUAAUGGCGCAUUAUUAGCAAUCCCUGAAAAAGCGUGAGGUUGCAGGGUUAGCUUGUUAGCUGCAUGGCGAUGGCUGAGCCGGCGGCCGAGGAGGAGCUGCUCCGGCCGGUGCCCCGCGAGCAGGCCAUCCUGGAGAGCUUCUUCACGCAGCUCGGCAUGUUCUCCUUCGACCGCGCCAAGGACUACGUGGAGAAGGAGAAAGACAACAGCAGCCGGAGCUCCGGGGCCGUCUGGGCCGCGCUGCUGGCCGCCCUGGCUCACCUGGCCGCCGCCGAGAAGGCUUACCACAACAUGACCUUCCUGGGACAGAAAAUGGGAAGUCAGUCCUUCUUCAGCCGCAAGGACUCGACGCGCACCAUCUACACGUCUCUCCACAGUGAACUGCGCAAGGUGAUGACGUCGGGGCGGCACGUGCAGCGGCAGCAGCAGCACCAGCACCACCACCAGCAGCAGCAGCAGGCCUCGCCGUACCUGGAGGACCUGCUGUGUCACUUGGCCGAGCAGCUGUGCCACUUUGCGCAGGCCCGCGUGGAAAUGGCCGACCUCUACGAGAAGAUGCACGCGCUGGCCGGACAGAAGAACGUCAACGGCGAGGCGCUGGUGCCUGCCCUGGAUGGCGUGAUGCACAAGUACAGCUCCAAGUUCCACCACCCCAUCCUGGGCCGCGUGGAGGAGAGCUUCCAGACCGAGGUGGAGGUGGUCACGCAGCUCCUGCGCUGCCAGGCGCAGGUGUCGGAGUGGCGCUUCCUGCCAGCGCUGCUCAGCCUGCAGGGCGCCGGCGCCAAACUGACGGCGUGGGGCCAGCUCUUCCAGCGGCAGAAGGAGACCCGCAAGCAUCUCUUCGGAGGCCAGUCCCAGCGGAGCGUGCAGCCGCCGCACCUGUACGCCUGGCUCCAGCGCUUCCAGGCCGCCCUCCUGGCCAAGUUCAGCUUCUACUUCCACGAGGCGCUGAGCCGCCAGAGCACGCCGGCCGACAUGCGGGCGCUGACGGCCCGCGCCGCGCCCGACUACCACGGCAAGAUCUGCUCCUUUGCGCGCAAGCACGACGCCGCCAGCGUCUCGCUGGUCUUCAACAACCGCGGCUCGGAGAGCUUCCGGGGCCACGGCUACCACCACCCGCGCUCCUACCGCGAGGCCCCCAAGGGCGUGGAGCAGUUCCCCGCCGUGGUGUCGCUGCCCACGGGCGAGCGCCCGCUGGCGCACUGGCCCAACGUGGUGAUGAUGAUGGGCGACCGCGCCGCCGAGCUGGCCGCGCCCGACAAGGUGGUGCACUUCUACGACGACAAGGUCCAGAGCACCUACUACCUGGCCCGGCCCGAGCCCUACUUCACCCUGGUGGUCAUCCUGGACGGCAGGAAGUCCGAGCGGGACCCGGGCGUGGUGGCCUUCCUGCAGGAGAUCUGCGGCUCGCUGCGCAACUCCAAGCCCUUCGCCGGCCUCAAGCCGGGCUCCAAGGGAUGAGCCGGCGGCAAGACUUGAAGGUUCUUCCGUUCGGAUUUGUCCGCCUCCGGGUCGAGCCUGGAGCCGGCCGGCUAAUGUGAGAGAGAGCUUUGGCAAAAGUGCUUUUAAGAUAAAGAAAAGAGUCAGCCUA